CGCCUAGUGUGCAGCUCUUCUCGCCGAAUCAAAAUGGCGGCGCCGCAUGGCGUAAACCCGAAGGAUUUAAAGUGUGAUUUUACGGACCAUACAGCAGCACAGGCGCACCGCGACUCUCAGGUUGAAUUUGGAAAUCACGAUGUUCCUGUCUUCGAGCUGGAUGUCGGAAGGAUCUCAGAUGCUCUUCACGGAAGCCUGGAUCCGUCCAUUUUAUCCAUCUUUCAGGAGAAGAUGCUGAAGGAUAGCGUUGAGAGCGAGGCGUCGCUGUUGUCCGCUCUGACCGAGAUGUUGGAUAGCGUGGACGUCGAGACGCUUUCGCCGUUCGACACGCUGCUGGACGCGGAGAUUUUCGCAGUUCAGAAGGGUUCAGACCACACGCUCAGGAAUCUGCUUCAUUUGAGCCAGACGUCACCGGAUCGGCCCAAAAUCUCUCAAUCACCAGCCGCAAAGUCAGGAAGAGAGGUCGUGAUGUCAGACAGACAGUUGAGACCCCGUCGCCCUUCAGUGACCCACAUUACACAGCGAGACGAGCGUGAGAAGAAGCGCCGCUCUGUGAGAACUUUCCGGCUCGAAUCCGACCCCAUAUUCCCACAGGACGGACGCGAGUUACUUGCAGAUUUAGUGAGACACAUGCAUCCGUACUGCGUCAGGACACGCCUGGAGAAAGAGACGCGAGUGUCUGCAGAGGAGGAGGAGUUUGUUGAUGUAGAAGGUUACGAGGAACACAUGCUGGACCAAUCAGAACACGGACCAGACUUGAAGCCAAAAGCAGAACCAAAUGCACAGAAUACCAACAGCCAGGAAGAAAAAGUCGCAUCUUUAGGGCGAAACGUUAAGAUGAUGCCUAAACGCAGCGCUUUAGUCAAAACCAGCGGUGUGAAGAUGCGGGUGAAGAAAACGGUGACUUUUGCGUUUAAUCUAAUCUCCGUUCACGAGAUUCCACCUGAUGAUGAGGAGAUUUCUGAAUCCACAUCCUGUAAAACUGACAUCACUUCCUCUCAGAAGCCCAAAGCGCUCAGUCUAGACCAGUACCGUCUCCUCAGACAGAACAAACAACCUCCGGAGGAGAAACGGAUGGACUUUCGAACCAAAUGGCCUUCGCUUCCCGAGCUUCCCAGGGAGCUUCCGCCAAUCCUGCCCAAGCUGGAUCCGAACACACCUUCUGGUGGGAUAUUACCAGCUGUUAAAGUGAAAACAUCUCCAUCCCAGCCGCAGGGAAUCACACGUCACUCUCGGAAAGACGGCAGGAAGGCUGUAGAGCUUUGCAUUGACCCUCCAAACCCGGUUUUGGUGCCCUUGAAACCCACACGACGCAUAAACGCAACCCAGACCGCCUCAGAACCGCUCGGUUCAGACUCGAAACCAGACGUCUGUGUUUCUUGUGAAGAGGUUCGACUCUCUGAGGUCGUGCCAGUGACAUCUGCUUCCAAACCCAGAACUGGACAGCAGAACCAGACGGCGUGUGGCGGAGACAUCGGAAUUGAAGCCGCUGAUCUGACCAGCCUUUUGGAGCAGUUUGAGACUCAAGGACUAACUCCACCCGCCACACCUCCACAUCAGAUCUGGAGGCCCCUGGUGUCUGUCAAAGGGACGAAACAUGAAUCCAUCAAGCCGUCGCCCAGCAAAACCAUUCAGAUAAUCGAACCCCGCCCACUGCCGCCCAGUAAAACUCACUCAAAGCCCUCACUUCCCACCUUCACUCCUGCGAUGAAUCCCGCUCGAGCGUUCCUGGACCACGACUACUGCGGGAUUCAGGGCAGUGAGACGUGUUUCGCGCACACAAACUCGCUGUCUGGUUCGGUGCUGCUGUCUCCUGACAGCUCCCCCUGCAGGAUGGAGGCGUUCGAGGAGACGGAGUCUCUGAGGGGGCGGGGCUUGCGCUUCUCCUCCCGCUCUCUGAGCCCAUUGGACCGCGGAAGGCUGAAGAGGCGGGGUUAUGAAUGCGGAUACCGGCGCUCCAGUUCCAGGUCAUGCUCCUCGUGUUCUUCAUCGUCUUCAUCAUCAUCUCGUUCCAGGUCUCGUUCGCCACCCAGAACAAGGUAAAUGGAAGCUGU